UUUUCGCAAGGGACGAAGAAGAGAAGGGACGCUUGAUGAGCAGAGCGGAAGAGAAACACAAAAAUUAGGUGGUGGGAGAUGUUAGGAGGACACCUCGCUUGUGCGUGUAAUGGAUACUGCGGCGACCCUUUGAAGGACUAUCUCCCUCACUGAGAAGAAGACACCCACCUGUCCUGUAUUAUACCUCAGCACGAGCUUAAGUGUAGCAAAUACACUUUUCUGGGGGUCGUCAGAAGUGUCCGCAGCAUUUGUUGUAGCUCAGUGCCCUCACUCUGGUCCAAGAUGACAGAGAGGACCCCGUGGUGGAAGUCAUUCCUGCCAAAGAAAAAGACUGGAGGAAAGGACUCCACUGUAACCCACCCCUUCGACGCAGAAUUUGACCCUUUUGCACCAGGCCCUGAAAAGCAAAAAGACCCCAUCAAGACCCCUGGUGACCAGUCCCUGACCCAACAGGACUCCAACAAGGGAACCAACCUCCUCAGCGAUGAGACAUUCGAUGAUUCCCACCUGGAUUCGGUCUUCAACGAGCAGACGUGUCGCAGGAAGAUGGCAAUUUCACGCUCAGGUCGGUUCAAGGAGAAGAGGAGAGUGCGAUCGAGCCUCCCCAUACAGGAGAGAGAGACUGAGAACAUGGCGACAGGGAAGGAGGAGAGACGGUGACCGUCUCAAAGACUGCUUGAAUGUCGAUGCUUGAGGAGAGCCAGGUGGAUUUGAGUAAUACAGUAAGGUCUACUGUAUGUCGGUUAUGAUGGUGGUGAUGAUGAUGAUGACAACAGGAAGUACUGAAGGAAUCAGGUUAGGUUGCACAUGAAUGUUGCUGACACUUUUGUUGAUGGACUUGUGCCAGAGGGCCACAAUGAUAAAAAUGACUUGAAAAUGGAUUGAAUUAGUUUUUUUCAGGAUGGUUAUCAAACCAUUUCAGCAACUACAUCCCAUUAUCAGAGCUCAAGAGAAGCAAUCCAGUAGAAAUACACUUAAGAGCCCAAUAUUAUUGCUAAGAUGCCCCACAGCCAAAGUCAUGGGCAAUGUUGUCAACUUUUAAGAAAUGACAUCCUCCAUGCCGUUUUCGAUACUCAAGAAAAAGUGUGAUGUGCCUCAGGAAAAUAUUGUUAAUAAGAUUUUUACAUGAUGCUUGUGAUAAGAAUAAUAUAUGUUUUAUAAUGAAGGAUCAUUUUAAUACUCCUUUUACAAAUGCAUUUAAAUAAAGUGUCGAUUCUAAAGGGUUAGAAGGAUAUUUAUGAAGGUGUAACAUGAUUUCCUUAUUAGGUGUGGAAAUGAUCGGUUAGAGGAAGACAUUAAGGAUUACUUGUGAGCAGCUUUUCGUCAGAUGCACAACACUUGCCAGCACAAGGGACUCUAAAUGAAGGAUGAAAUCCAGCAUGGUGAAGACAUAAUGGUACCAAAAGACAAGCUAAUACUUACAUGAUAUUAGGAGUGUAUGUUUUGAUGUCCCACUGAAAGAGAUACUAACAAAGAAUAGCCCCUGUUGUAUUUUACUUUGAAAGGGACUACUGUAUUUUGGAAUACCUGUGAAGACAUUAAUGAAGGCAAAAAUAAAUCUGGUAACUGCUACAAACCUU